UUUCUGCCGCUCUUCACCCUUAAUUCCCCCGAUCUCGGGCCUCAUUGAUAGCUAAGGUGAUGAUUUUUCAGUUGAUGUCGGUUCAAUGCAGAUCGUCGCCAGGUCUAGACUGAUGGUCAGAUCCUAACAGCACAGAAGGAAAAGAGACCUCUUCAAGAACAAGACAGACAAGCCAAGGAGACAUCCAAGACAGGACCAGGAUUACGCUGAGCCAGGGCAAGAGCUCUUCCAGACGUUUUGUGCCUUAGUUAAGAAGAUGAACCUACCAGUGACAGGAGGGACCGAGUGUUGAAGUACAUUUCGCCGUGCCAUCAUGAGGAAAGCUACCUCAGCUGUCGACUAUGCUAACAUGAGGGACAAAGACGUUGAGAAACCGGCAGAUGCUGAGUCUGGCUUCGGAGACAUGGAGUCUGACACCCCCGAGGCCAACCCCAAAGUGGACCUGUCCCCCGACGGGAAGUGCACGUGUUGUCCGUACGGGUACCACAUCGACCUGGACUUCCUCAAGUACUGCGACGACAUCUCCAAGGGCAGCAACAUCCCCAAGAUCGUGAGGCCCAGGAAACCCAAAUCACCUGGAGGCCCGGCUCCCAUGGACUUCCGUGCUAACACCUUGCCACGAGGCUUUUAUCUGAACUCACAGCAAAGUAAUCUACCGAAACAUGCGUCCGUAGUGCCUUCCUCGCCCAUUUCUCCCCUCUCCGUCAACACUUCCUUGUCAUCAGCGAACAAUUCCAUACCCGAAACAACAACGACAACAGCAACAACUACCAAACAAACGGUUACAGAUCCACGGGAAAAUGCCAGUUCUGUGUACGGCUAUAACUCAUCAACUCGUAGACCGUCUUUGCCAGGCGACCUGCCCAUACCUUUUACCUCACCAAACUCGAACAGCGUGUUCACCAUGCCCGCCGCGUUGGCGACUCAGAGCAACAGCGGUUCGUCUAGUUCUCUGUCGUCCCAGCUGUCCACGCAGUCCAGUUCAGGCCAGUUUUCUCCACACAGUGAAAUGUCCGGGGAUACGAAGCACAGCAUGGGAGUACAGACGCCGGCCUCGCUCCUCUCCCCGGGUAGUUCUUCGCGUGGGUCGGGGGCGUCGACUCCCCAGCCGCCAGCAGUCAGCUCCGCCAUGCUGCAGGGCAUCCGGGAACAAAUCGCCGCCAGCCUGAAGAGAAUAAAGGUCCUGGAGGAGCAGGUGAAGGAAAUCCCCGUCUUACAGGUCAAGAUUUCCGUUCUGAAGGAGGAGAAGCGCCUGCUCGUGAUGCAACUCAAGUCGAAAAAUGGCGAGCAAAAUCUCAAACCUGAAGACACCGACAACAAACGGGAGAAGCAGGAUGGCGACAAGGACGGUACGAAGAGAUUGCAUCGAAGAUCGUUGAGCACUGGAUCGUUUCAGAUGUUGGAGCAGCAGUGGAAGGAGCAACAGGCAGAGCAGGAAAAGCAGAAGGCCUCCAAAGAUGCGCCAGCACCUUCUGAAAAGAACAGUACAGCCAAGAAGCCCAAGGUGCCUCCCCCAGUGCCCCCUCGGAGCUUCCGAUCCGUCUCAGUCGGUGACACAACCAGUCUUUCAGAUAUCGUUUGCUACAAUAGUGCCUUGCGGACAACCACAGACGUAGGCACCAACACCACGGUACCAUCACGCGACAUAGGAGUCGGUUAUUCCCCAAGGAUGCGCCACGUCGGGGUGGGAAUAUCCAACGACUUGCUUCAACAGGAACUAGGAAUCGUAGAAAACCAGAAGUGCAAUACAGCAGUUGUGGAGACGUCGGAAGUUGGUGUGGGGGUUUCGGUCGAGCAGAGGGCGGUUGCCGUCGGCAACCACACAGAAUUGCGGGACGUUGGCAUGACAACAGACCCUGAGGUGGUUAAGAAGCAGAAAACCAAACACGCCACCCGAAGCAUUGGGGUGAUUGUAGAUAUACCAGAAACAAAAGACGUUCGAACAGUUGGUGUAGGCAAUGGCUCUGUUUCUGAACAUCAGAAGCCCCCGGUAGAGACUGUGUCUGUUUACACAAACACACCCGUCAUCAAUACCAUUGAUAAAGUUACCAAUACUGUAGCGGUGAAUCUGAAAACGGUGGCAGUUGGGAAUUUUUCAGUGAAGGAUGUUCUGUGCGACCGCUGUGCCGAUGUGAAGACGAAGACUGUUGCGGUGGGAGUGUGUAGUAUAAAGGACACAAUAUGUGAUCGUUGCAAUAACAUGGAGAGUAAAACGGUGGGUGUCGGGCGCUGUACCGUUAACGACACCGUCUGUGACAAGUGUAGCAACCUCAAAACUAGGAGUAUCGGCUGCACGACCUUGGCAAACUGGAACCAGAAGUCUGUCUCUGUUCUCGCCAAGGUCGAGCAGACCGACGCCGGCACAGGAGACGAUUCUGUUCUGGAGGAAACGGUGGACUCAGGAAAGGACCAAACGGAGACGAAGGACAUCGGAGUUGGAGAAGACUCUAUAUUCCCCUUGGAGGAGGCGAAACCCCCAGUCCUAAUACAGGAAGAGAAAACGGUGAACGUUGUUUCCUUUGCAACUGCAGCUCGCCCGCCGCUGGAGAUCGUAGAGAGCUCCAGUAGCGACGAAGUAGAGGAUGAAGAUGAUAUGAUCCCUCCUCUCCAACAGGCGAGCAUCAUCAAGACAACAGAACCUCAGGUGGCAGAAGUACAGCCUGUACGCCACAUCGUCAGGGAAACGGUUGUCAGGGAGACGGUCGUCACGGUUACGCCUCAGGAUGGUUACGAGGAGCUGGAUGGUGAAGUGAAGCAUAAAGAGGAGGAAGAGAAGGAGUCUUUAGAGGCUGUGGAUGGAUUUGAGAACAAACAUGCUCUGUCACCUGGCUCGAGCCCUGCCAUCUCCAACUUGCGGCCGUUACGGUCGUGCUUGAAGGGAAAACACUCCACCAAGAAAGUAAACAUCAAGAAAGAGAUCCAGUUUGUGGGCGUUAACGGCAAUGGCCAUGAUGAGAGUAGCAGCGAUGACUCUAGCUCAGAGGAGAGCUCGGAAGAUGAAACAGACGACGAAGACAGCAGCAGCUCCGAAUCAGAGUCUUCAGACGAGGGGGGCUACAACUGCGAACUGGGCAAAGUCAUCAAGAAGGGCAAGGAAGACCAAGGCAAGAAGGACGUCAAGACGAUAUCAUCCUCGGAAAUCAUCUGUGAAGACAUCAAAGAAACUGAUCGGCUGGUGAGCAGGGAACUCAAGGAAACACAUGAGUUGAGUGAGGAACUACAAGAAGCCUGUGGAGUGCUGGAGAAGCAUGUCACCACGCCCAAGUCUGUGCCUCCGAGAGAACUGAUGAUGGCCAUGAACACGAUCCAGCACGAGUGGAUGAAGGCCGGCGCUCAGAAGACGUCGGACGUCCAAGUGGUGCGGGAUUACCUCGCCGCGUUCGAGCAGAUGGCGACUGGAGUCCUCGGCAAGAUAGUCAACCUAGCGGAUGGAAAUGGUAACACAGCCCUGCACUACUCCGUGUCACACUCCAACUUCGACAUUGUUGAGAUUCUCUUGGAGACUGGCCAGUGUGAGGUCAACAAACAGAACAAGGCUGGCUACACGGCCAUCAUGCUGGCUUCCCUGGCCAAGCUGCAGGGAGAUCGUCAGAUGGAGGUGGUGAAGAAACUGUUCCAGGCCGGCGACGUCAACAUCCGGGCCACACAGGCUGGACAGACCGCGCUCAUGCUCGCUGUGAGUCACGGGCGGCAGGAGAUCGUCAAAAUGCUGAUCGAGGCGGGCGCAGAGGUCAACCUGCAGGACGAGGACGGCUCCACCGCCCUGAUGUGUGCCAGUGAACACGGGCACUUGGAGAUAGUCAAGCUCCUCCUGGCCCAGCCGGGCUGUGACGCUACCAUCACUGACAAUGAUGACAGCACAGCUCUGUCCAUCGCCAUGGAGGCAGGACAUAGGGACAUCGGUGUGCUGCUCUACGCUCAGGUCAACAUGGGGAAAACUGCACCGGGUGGAGGCAAGGGAAGGAGGUUAUCACCCAGCCCAACACGAAGAAAAUCACCCUAGUUGUACUGACGUGCAUGAAGAGAGGAGGGUCCAGUCACCCCUGUUGAACAGUGGUAUCACCUAGUUUUUAUGUUACUUUUAUGCCAGAUGUCGGAUCAUGCCACUUUCAGAACAGGGUAUAUUUUAGAACAUUAUUGCAGACAAGAAGGGAAGAUUGUAAAUGGUGAUUAAAAGUCACUGGAUAUGAAUCUAUGUUCCAAAUUGCUGCAGCAUCACAUUUUUGUGUCUAAGAAAUUGCAUGCUCAUAUUUGGGGCAUAUAAAACUUUGCCUCGAAUGUUUAUUAUGUAAUGUUACGUGUAUAUUCUGAACCUUACUACAGUUAACAGAAAAAAAAUCAUUAAAGAAGCUUCAGAAAUAUAUAAGUUGAAUAUCGCAGAACUCGAGCAAAGCCACCAUUGGUAUAUUGAUAAGGUAUGUUGAAGAUACAUGUUUGUAUCCUUAGAAGUAGGGGAAAUUUCUUAGCAAGUUAAGUUUAUUCCAUGUGUCGUACUAACAUACAUGUAUAUUGUUAUGUAUUAACAUGCUCUCAGCUCUGCUCAGCAAAUACUUACCACCCCUCGGACAGAGUGGAACUGACCACAUCUUCCUAGAAUAUGUCUGCUUUUAGAGCAGUCCACUUUGUGUCAAGGGGUGGCAGGGCUAAGCAGUAACAAUGUAUUCAAUAUGUUAUUUAUUGUAAGGUUUUGAAUAAGGUACAUGUAUACCAAUACCAUGAUAUCUUUCAUUCACUACAAUGCAAGAAAGGUUACUUGGUACUAACUAUGGAUACACUGUCAUAAGGUAUUAUCCAAAUAGAUUUUUAAAUAACAACAUAUGUAUAACUGUCUUUCAAACAGGAAGAAUACAAACAGUCUAAAUGACAACCAGAUAUCAGAUCAUAAAAAUGAAUACUGGCCGAAUUGUUGCCAGAUUGCAAGACAAGUACAAUGCCACCAUGACAGCUGUAAAUAAAUAAAUACCUAAAUACCCAACCCAAGAAGGCACCUGUAGUCUAGGCAGUGUUUAAAAAGUGCCAUGACAUCGUCAUUUUGACAACAGAAAUAUAAAUUUUAUACCCUCGAGUUAACCACAUGUAUGUCACAUGUAUGGUGAUGGAUAUAGAAAAAAGGAAUAUAUUUUGAAAGCAAGAAGAAGCUAUUUUAGUAUUUCAGGACGUAAAUGAUAGCAAUAGUAAGAUUACUACUAACAUGUUAAUCUGUGAUGAUACAGUUGACCAUGCUUCCUUGUCCUGCUAAAUUGUAGUUUUACUAACAACAUGACCGCUCUGAAUGUUUCAUGGUGAAUACAUAAAAACUGUGAUGACAAACUUGUCAGUGUACAGCUGUGAGAAGCUAGAGGGGCUGUUGGUGCAUGUGGUCUAUGAUUAAUCUUUGAUGGUCAAUUUGACAAAGUUGCAGAACUGGAAACUGCAGUUCUGAAAUAUACUGCUAGGCGUCCUCGUGAAAAUUGAACACAUACCUGAACAGUGUCUGUCCUUUCAUGCUGUAAUGAAGGAAGAAAAUUUUUUGUUGAUAACAUACAGUAAUACUUUUCAUGAAAUGGAUGUUGAAAUGCAGGGGUAAAAGAAAAGGAGAAUGAAAAAAAAGACAACUUUUGACUGUCAUUGCCAUAUGCUCCAGGAUUCCCUUUUAUUCUAGGCUUUCACAUUGACAAAUACAUUUUAGCUCCUUUUUUCUGGUCCAUGCAUGUCUAUGCACUUGUGAAACAUAAGAUUUCACUCCGAUUUCUGUUGUUCAUCAGGCUAGAUAUACUUUGUGUAUCUACAUGUAUUAUACAAUAGGAAGCAUUCACAUUACGAUACAGAAUCAGUGAAACAAUCAUACCUUAAUUAUGAUAAAGAGGUCACCUCAUUUACAUUUAUACAUCAUACCAUAUACUUGUAUACUAGAAGUGGAUAGAAAAACUGUCUGCCAAUCUGGAUGCACCCCUUUCAUGCAAGGACCAGAACAAAGUUGAUCUACACUUUGGUUAUUGAUUUAAUUAACAGGAUCAGAACAGGAAGCUAAAUAUGUAGUGUUAGUUUCCCAAGUAUGUUACAAAUGAGCAAUUAUCUAUUUCAAGCCACAUAUAGCUAGACAUAUUUGUCAUGUAUGUUGCUAUACACCUCAAUAAUGUAAUAUUAUACUUAAGUUAAUAUGGUGAGGAAACAGGAAAAACCAUGUACCAAAUACUCCAUAUGAUUAUGAAAUCAACCAGUUUCUGGCUGAAAUUACCCUUCAUAUAGGACUCUAUUUUAGCAAAUUUGUAGCUGAGUGUCCUUGCUGAAAGAACAAAUUCAUAGUGCCUUCGUCUGUGUCAAAACUGGGCAGAGCACAAGGGGCUACAUGAUACUACAUAUGUCUUGAUUCCAGGCCCUAUAAUUUACCAGUGAUCUAGUACCAACUACAUUUGUACAUGUAGAAACUUUUGAAUGCUGACAAGGAGUCUUAGGUAAUACUGUUAUAGCACAUACUCCAUUCCCUUAGCCUAAGUUGGUAUCCCGAAACCUAGCUUCCAUUUCUAGCUCAAUAUGUACUGAUUUCUGCUAGCUGUAACAUGCUGGUAAAUCCUGUCAGCUAUUAGGAGAUGAUUGCACUCAGAAAAUGGUACAUGAUAGGCUGAAAAGGAAAAGACAGCAAUAUUUCAACACCACCCAGAAACUGCUAACUUUAAAGCUCAACUGAAUCUACCUCUCCGGUUAUGACAAAAAAAAAAGUGUACAUGGUGCUUCCAAACAGAGAAAGGGGUAACGCUUUCACAUUUACUUUGGUGUCAGUCUGUGUGCUGAUAUACUGUCCAUAUAGUGGUUGAUACCUUGUUGUGUGGACAAAUUGGCCAUACAUGCACAACCAAAGUUACAUAGUGAUACCCUGUUGUUAUUAGAGGCUGAGUUUCCUUCGUGGCUAAAAAUGCAGCAUUGUUGACUUUCGUAACUCACUUAACUGUUUGUAUCUAAACUUUAGGUGGUAUUUCUUUGUUUAUAAAUUGUCUUUUCCUGUAGUAGUGUAAUGGAAGGAUUCAAGUUUCCAUUUUUAUCCUGUAGACUACAAUAAUUUUUAGAGAGAUACCCGGUAUCCAUAGACAUUUUGGGUCAAAAAUACCUUUGAUUUUAGAAAUUAUAUGUUUGAUUUGAAGACCAGGUCCUAAUUCUGAGUAUAAUGUUUGUAUUAUUUCUCAAUCGGUAGAAAACUUUUACCUGAACUUGCCAUUAUAUUUCUAUAGUUAUUUCACACCUUUUAAUUGUGAAUGUACUGCCCUAUAUUGGGGCAGUGUGUGGUACUGUGGGGCUAAGCAGAAUAUUAAAAUUAUGAUGUUUCCACUGGUUGAUUUGAUAGUAUACCUUCACAAUGUGAGGGGUGUGGGCUGCCAUUUGGUGAAAAAUAAUGGUUUUAAUUUUAAGAUUACAGAAGAGAAGUGGCUGGCAAUGGCAGGGUAUGUGACCUACAGUAAUUUUUAGCCAGUCGUGAAUGUAGUCCUGUAUGUUACCACAAGAAGUGAUAUCGUCUUCCUGAUUCCUUGUAUCACCUGUAUGUAUUUUAUGUAAUAAACAAGUAUGUAAUGAA